AUGGGUGGUUUGAAGAUUUGGUCUGUUUUGCUGGUUAUACUAUGCCAUUGCUGUCAGAGAUGUCUCCCAAGUGGAAUUUCGACACACGUUGAAAUAGCACAUAGAGCUCUGGAAUUUUUCAUUAAGCACGAAGGGAAUGUUAAUUAUAGACAGUUAUUACUAAACCACCAAGAUGCAUUUCAGGCUGGGAGCAUUUAUCCUGAUGCCUUUUAUCCUCCAAUCUGCAAAAGUGGAAUCUUCCAUGAUGUGUCUGAAGACACUCACUGGACACCGUUUCUCAAUGCAAGUAUUCACUACAUCAGAAGGAAUUAUCCUCCGCCUUGGGAAGUGGCUACAGAGAAGCUGGUGGCUUUCCUUUUCGGAAUUGCCUCACAUAUGGUGGCAGAUGUUAGCUGGCAUAGCCUGGGCAUCGACCAAGGAUUUCUAAAGGCCAUGGGAGAAAUUGAUUUUCGUGGUUCAUAUUCAGAAGCUCACAAUGUUGGCGAUUUUGGAGGAGAUGUAUUGAGUCAGUUUGAGCUGGACUUCAGUUACCUGGCAUUGAAUUGGUAUGUACCUGUCAAAGACCUGGCAGCUAUUUAUAAGGAAUUUUAUGGAAGAGAGAUAAUAACUGAAAGCACAAUUACUGACUGUACUUACCUGCUGUUUCUUGAACUGCAUGGAGAAAGGCUUGUUGUUGGAAAGCUUUUUCCAACGUAUGCUAGUAAAUCUCCGUUUCUGGUGGAGAAGUUCCAUGAGUAUUUCCUUGGAGGAGUGGAUGACAUGGCAUUCUGGACAAACAAUAUUUUUGAGCUGACGAGCCAUAUGCUAGAGAAUGGAACCAGUGGCUGUUUCCUGCCUGAGAACCCUCUGUUUAUAAAUUGCAGAAGUGAGCACAAGGACAACUACAUAAACAAACAAUCAAAACAUGAACAACAGAAGAACAGAACUUCCUUGCUUACAGAGACACAUGAAAAGAAUAUAAAUUAUACAGAGAGAGGAGUUCACUUCAACAUACAACCUUGGGUAAAAAAUUCCCUCCGCUUGCUAAACCGUGCUUUUAGAACCAGUGUCUGGAGAGCUGCACAUCAGAAAUCUGCUAACCACAUCUCCAAGCCAGCAGCUUCAUAUUUUCUGACUUCACCCUAUGCUAGACUUGGAUGGGCAAUGAUCUCAGCUGACCUGAACCAGGAUGGAUAUGAAGAUCUGGUGGUUGGAGCACCAGGGUACAGCACAUUGGGCCAUUUUCAGAUAGGGCGGGUGUAUGUGGUCUAUGGCAACCAGUCAGGUUUGCCACCAGAGGACAUGGAUCUAGAUGAGAAAGCUGACCAAAUACUACAGGGUCAUCAGCCGUCAGGAAGAUUUGGUUCUGCCUUGGCAGUCCUGGACUUCAAUGAGGAUGGAGUGUCAGAUCUGGCAAUUGGAGCACCUUCUGUGGGAUCUCAGUUUCUUACUUACAAA